GGAAUCGAAUUGUGGCCUUCUUGUUCGUAGGCUGACGCUCAACCGCUGAGCCACACCAGUGGGGCUGAAUGAAUUCUUUUCAAAAAGGCUCUAAUUUUUCCAAUGAUUAAGAAUAAUGUCUUUCAUUUGGAGAAUGCUUUGUGGUUUCCAAAGCACUCCCAGGUAGUUAUCUUAUUGAACCUUCACAUUGACCUUGUGGGGCAGGCAGGGUAGAUAUUUCUGUCCUCCUAUUACAUAGGAAGAAAUUUGAAACCCAAGAAGUGAAAGGGGAGGAGGAGUUGGCUAACUUCACACAGCCAUAACUAAAACCUAGGUCUUAGCUUUUCUUUCUACUACAGCAUACUGCCUUUUUGUUUUUGUUAACCCCAAAUUAGGGACAAACAUAUUUGCAUUUGGAUCAGUAACAGUGUUGCAUACUUCUUUCUUAUAGGUCCAGUUUUCUUUUGACUGCCACCGAUGGACUCCCAAAAAUCUCCGGAGGAAACUGUCCUCAUUACAGGAGGAAGUGGCUAUUUUGGUUUCCGCCUAGGCUGUGCUCUGAACCAGAAGGGAGUCCAUGUGAUUCUGUUAGACAUCAGCAGCCCUGCUCAAACCAUUCCAGAAGGAAUCAAGUUUAUACGUGGAGACAUUCGCCACGUCUCUGAUAUAGAGAAAGCCUUCCAGGAUGUGGACAUCACUUGUGUGUUCCAUAUCGCCUCGUAUGGUAUGUCAGGGCGGGAGCAGCUGAAUCGAAAACUGAUCCAAGAAGUCAAUGUGGGCGGCACAGAUAACAUCCUCCAGGUUUGCCAGAAGAGAGGGGUGCCAAGAUUAGUUUACACUAGCACUUUCAAUGUCGUGUUUGGAGGUCAAGUUAUCAGAAAUGGAGAUGAAUCUCUGCCUUACCUACCUCUUCACCUCCAUCCUGAUCACUAUUCUCGGACCAAAUCUAUUGCAGAGAAGAAGGUGCUAGAAGCCAAUGGUACAUUCCUGGAAAGAAGCAAUAAUGUCUUAAGAACUUGUGCUCUGAGGCCAGCUGGCAUCUAUGGGCCUGGAGAACAAAGGCACCUUCCCAGAAUAGUGAGCUACAUUGAGAGGGGCCUGUUCAAGUUUGUGUACGGGGAUCCCAAGAGCCUGGUUGAAUUUGUCCAUGUGGAUAACUUGGUGCAGGCUCACAUUCUGGCCUUAGAGGCCCUGAAAGCUGACAAGGGCUACAUCGCCUCCGGGCAGCCCUACUUCAUCUCAGAUGGCCAGCCCGUGAACAGCUUUGAGUUCUUUCGGCCUUUGGUUGAGGGCCUGGGCUACUCAUUCCCAUCCAUUCGCCUGCCCCUGACCCUCAUCUACUGUUUUGCUUUCCUAACAGAGAUGGCCUACUUCAUUUUGGGUCAGCUCUACAACUUCCAGCCCUUCCUCACCCGCACAGAAGUUUACAAAACUGGCAUCACACAUUACGUUAGCCUAGAGAAGGCCAAGAAGGAGCUAGGUUAUGAGCCUCAGCCAUUUGACUUCCAGGAGGUAGUAGAAUGGUUUAAAGCCCGUGGUCAUGGCAGAAGUCCUGGGAGUCGUGACUCUGAGGGUCUUAUUUGGGUCAGGCUGUUGGUCUUACUCUUGGUCAUAGCAGUUUCCACAUGGCUGUCUUCUGUGAUUUUGUCACUAUGAAGGAGUUAAAAAUAAGGAGCUGACCAUACUUGCUGAGAUGGUUUUCAAGAAAGGGGACUUUUAAAAUAUAGAUAGAUAGGUACAGAUAUCUGGUGCCAAAUUUUGGCUCUUCAAAUUGCUAUUUAAGAAUAGAUUCUCGAAUUAAAUCUUCAUUUCUUAUUCCUUGUACUAACUGUGAUGGGAGAUAAAAGCAGAUAAAUUUGAAAAUUUUGCGUGUGUGUGUUCUCCCUCUUUAAAUGGACUCAGUAGUAGUCAUUUUGGAGCCAUGAAGCUAAACUUAGUUUGGAAAUGCCUUACCCCAAUUUGUCAGAAGCCAAAAACGUACUUAUUUUUGUUCCAUACACUCUGAUUCUACUUUAAAGGGACUAAAAUGCACACUGACACAGGAAUGACAAACCUCUAACAGGCUUGAAAAUGUGUGAAAAACACCAAAUUGGGCCAGAUCCCUACAGACCAACGCUCUGGGGAGAUGAUGGCUGUUGUAGGGGAGGCAUUGGCUAUUCACAGCAUGUGUUUUGGGAAUUAGUGUUUGCCCUUUGUGAUAUAAGUGCAUUACCCCUGUGUGACCACCUGCUAAUGUUUGAUGUUUAAACAAAUAGACUUUUAUCUGACCUCAUAAGAUUCUUUUGAAUCUGCAUAUAAAGUUCCACUCAACAUACUUAAGCCAUUACUUUUAAUGUUGUUGCUAUACAUUCCUUAUGAGGGUUUUCUGAGGGUAUUCUGUUCAAAGGGUGCUAUUGCUACUAACUUUUCUGGAAUGCCUAUGGAAUGUCCUCAGAGUCUGUAACAAAUGUGUUUGAAUAUACUCAAUGUUUGUAAAUGUUUGGUCUCUGAGGAUAGGUUGAAGUUUAGGAAACAGCUAAAAAUCUGAUGAUUAAGGAAGAUAACCAAACUAAUGAUGCCAUUUGUAAUUAAAAAGCAAAGCAUAACUAUAAACUAAUAGACUGUGAAAUUCUCUUACUGUGAAGAAUUUUGGUUCUCUGAAGGCAAUUUCCAAUGAGGAAUGGUUUGAACAAUGACAGCAUUGUCUAGCUGCCCACGGGGACUGCCUGGGAAGAUACUCGAGUUGGACCGUUACAUAGGAACCAAAGUGGAAAGAAAAGAGAGAAUCUUUACCCAUUCCAUGAUUCCAGCUACAGAAAAGAGAGUAUUAAAAUAUAAGACAUUAUAGAUUGCUGUGGAAAGUAAUGUUAGAGUUGUCCUGAGAGUAUUUGUAGAAGGAGGAUGCUAGAUGAACCAUCCCUGGUGAAUGCUGCCUCGAUAUUUUGGAUAAAGUGCUCAGCUUCCUACCAGAAGACCUGCAGUCAUGAAUAUUUUGUAUAGCCUUAACCAAGUAACUGAAGCCUCUUAUGCCUUAGCUCCCUCUUUUGGGAAGUGGGAAUGAUUGUACAAUCAUUGUAUAAUCAAGUUUAUAACCAUCUUUCUAUAAACCUAGCUAUCCACCUCACAGGGUUUGUUGUGGGCAUAAAAUAAGAUGUGGUGAAAAUACUUUUAAUCUAUAAAUUGCAACAUAAAUGUGGUAGCGAUUGUUGUUGGUAAAAUAUUUUUGGAGUCUUAUAAGAUACUUUUGCUUUUUAGUCACAGGGUAGCUUGUAUGAGCACCUACAGCAUAUCUAACACUCUAGGUGCUUUGAGGCAGGUUUCUCUGCUCUUCACAGUCUUCUUACAGUUUAGUAAUGACAUGGUGUGUCCUUACGAGAAGGUCACUGAUAGACCAGAUAAGUACAGUAAAACAUUUAUUCAUUGCCAUUGAGAGAUAUCACAAAUUUUCAAAACGUAUUUAAUGAAGUCCUUCAAAAGACUGAUAGAUACUUCUCAGUUUUCUCAGGCCAAGAGCAUAGUGGGGUUUCGCUUGUUGUUUUUUUCCACACUCAAUAAAUC